GGUGGGCAUUGCAUCGUUCUGUGUCGUGAGGAAUUUGCUGUGCUACGUACAUUAAAAAAAAAAUAAUUUGGUUUAAAGUAAUAACAUGAGAAGAUACAUAGGAAGAGAUUCAGCCGUUUCCAGUUGAGAACUCAAAACCACCGCCUUCGUUCGGUCCGGACGAAAAUAAAAAUUCUGCAUCUCUCUCUCUCCCCCGCUCUUCCCUUAAACUAUCUCUUGGGGACAGCCACACCCAGUAGUGUUUUUCCCACGCACACACGCACGCACGGCAUGCCCACAACGUAAUUUUUCGCGUGCUGUGAUUAGUUGUGGCAGCGUCCUCCUUGUCCUUUGACGGGCUUAGUCCUGAUCGGAGGACUGUUGGUCACGGCAGGUGUUCGAUGAAAUGUCUCUGACAAUGCUUUGUUGAUAUUUUGGAUCACGCGUGGAAUUGUCCCGGCACCGGACGGAGCUAAAGCGAUUAGCUAUAGAUUUCCAAGCUUUUCGACUCGAUUUUGAGUGGUCGCGGAAGCGGUUUUCACGGUAUCCAUGGCUUAUAGAGGUCGCGGCCGAGGGAGAUUUGGCGGUGGUAGAACCUUUGCCAAGCAAGAGCCUUUUGAGCUUUUCCCAGAUGUCGAGUUACCUCUAGUGCGAGAUGUGUCUAAGGAGGAAAGGGCACUUGUAGUUUGGAGUUCGAGGUUACAAAAUUACUGGAAAUCGUCUCCUUAUUACCUCAAAGAGACCAAUUCAAGCAUGAGCCAAAGCAUCGAUAUAGAGAGGUUCUCCGACCAGGAAAAGAUGAAGGCCAAGCCGACACGUGAUUCUUUCAUGCAAUUCCUAGAGGCUAAUGCUUCUAAUUUCCCCAGAGAACUUGUAGCAGAUUCUAGAGAGGAGCGGAGGAGAAAGAGGAAAAGGGUGCAGUGGAACCAGGAGUCAGGCUUGCAGAAGCUAGAUCUCUUUGAGAAGCUUGAGCAGAAGUAUCAGGGCCAAGAAGAGAAAGGUGAAAAGGAAAAGAAAGAAGGUGAAGAAGAAGAGCCAGAUGAUGGAGUGGAGGAGGCUGAUGAAGAAUUUAGUGAUGAUGGGGAUUACAACCAGAAUGUGGACUUUGAUGAUGAUGAAGACGAUUUCAACAUGGCAGAUGACAAUGACGAUGAAGGCACUUUCUAGUGACUCUUUCAAGAACGAGUUUCGGCCCGCCCUUCUCAAUUAUGCUACUAUGCACUAUCAAGAUCAAGAAAUCCUAACUUGGCAUUCGCACGGCCUUUUUGGAUAUAAGAAGAACACGGCCUGUGCAUACAAUGUUCCAUAGGAGAUACGCAGCAGCAAGUCAGCCAGCAGCAUCGAUCAUGCGAUUCUUUUUGUUCUCGACAUUACUUUCUUAUAUUUUGACUUCCCUUGUAUGGACUUUUGCACUUUCACGUUCUAAGACUUGGAGGACAUGGUACAAGCUCGUUUAUGCCAGUGUUCAUCAAAUGUUCUUGUCGCCAAUGCCAUGACCACAAUCCACAUUCUUGAAUCACGUUUAUUUCUGAA